AUCUUCCGAGCCUCCGGUGACUCGGACCUUCUGUGGCAACCUCGCCGGGAGCUGGCCGGCCUCGCUCUGGGCUGCUGGCCGCGCCCCUGCCUGGACCGGGAGUCUCGUGGAUUGUCACCGGCGCCCCGACUGCACACGCCCUCCAGUAAGGCUGCGACACUGUCCGCACGCUUCGGCCUCUCGAACUACGAGCCAAGAUGAAGAAAACGCAGCCCGGUGAGAUUGAAGCCAUUCUACGGGAGCGGAUUAUGGUGCUCGAUGGAGGGAUGGGGACCAUGAUCCAGCGGCACCGGCUGAGUGAAGACGACUUCCGAGGGCAAGAAUUUAAAGCGCAUCCCAGGCCCCUGAAAGGCAACAAUGACAUUUUAAGCAUAACUCAGCCAGAUAUCAUUUAUCAGAUUCAUAAGGAGUACUUACUGGCAGGGGCAGAUAUCAUUGAAACAAAUACUUUCAGCAGUACUAGUAUUGCUCAGGCUGACUAUGGACUUGAAAACUUGGCCUACCGGAUGAACAAAUGCUCUGCAGGAGUGGCCCGAAAGGCAGCCGAGGAGGUAACGCUCCAGACAGGAAUUAAAAGGUUUGUGGCAGGAUCUUUGGGUCCAACUAAUAAGACACUGUCUGUAUCCCCAUCCGUGGAAAGACCAGAUUACAGGAAUAUCACGUUUGAUGAGCUUGUUGAAGCAUACAGAGAGCAGGCCCAAGGACUUCUAGAUGGUGGGGUUGACAUCUUACUCAUUGAAACUAUUUUUGAUACUGCCAAUGCCAAGGCAGCCUUGUUUGCAGUCCAGAACCUUUUUGAAGAGCAAUAUGCUUCCAGGCCUAUCUUUAUUUCAGGGACAAUUGUUGACAAAAGUGGAAGGACUCUUUCUGGACAGACUGGAGAGGCAUUUGUCAUCAGUGUGUCUCAUGUGGACCCGCUGUGUAUUGGAUUGAAUUGUGCUCUGGGUGCAGCUGAAAUGAGACCUUUUAUUGAAACAAUUGGAAAAUCUACCAAGGCCUAUGUCCUCUGUUAUCCCAAUGCAGGUCUUCCCAAUACCUUCGGUGACUAUGAUGAAACCCCACACAUGAUGGCCACACACUUAAAGAACUUUGCUAUGGAUGGCCUGGUCAAUGUAGUUGGUGGUUGCUGUGGUACCACACCAGAUCAUAUCAGGGAAAUUGCCGAAGCUGUGAAAAGCCACAAGCCUAGAGUCCCACCGACCACUGUGUUUGAAGGACACCUAUUACUGUCCGGUCUGGAGCCCUUCACAAUUGGACCCUAUACCAACUUUGUUAACAUUGGGGAGCGCUGUAAUGUAGCAGGAUCCAGGAAGUUCGCUAAACUCAUCAUGGCAGGAAACUAUGAAGAAGCUCUGAGUGUUGCCAAAGUGCAGGUGGAAAUGGGCGCCCAAGUGUUGGAUAUCAAUAUGGAUGACGGCAUGUUAGAUGGGCCGAGUGCCAUGACCAGAUUUUGUAACUUCAUUUCUUCAGAGCCUGAUAUUGCCAAGGUGCCCUUGUGCAUCGACUCUUCCAAUUUUGCCGUCAUUGAAGCUGGGUUAAAGUGCUGCCAAGGAAAGUGCAUUGUCAACAGCAUUAGUCUGAAAGAAGGGGAGGACGACUUCUUGGAGAAGGCCCGGAAGAUUAAGAAGUAUGGAGCUGCCGUGGUGGUUAUGGCUUUCGAUGAAGAAGGACAGGCAACAGAAAUAGACACCAAAAUUAAAGUGUGUACCCGGGCCUACCAUCUCCUUGUGAAAAAACUGGGCUUUAAUCCAAAUGACAUCAUCUUUGACCCUAAUAUCCUCACCAUUGGUACUGGAAUGGAAGAACAUAACUUGUAUGCUGUUAAUUUUAUCCAGGCAACGAAAGUCAUUAAAGAAACAUUACCUGGAGCCAAAAUAAGUGGAGGUCUUUCCAACUUGUCCUUCUCCUUCCGAGGGAUGGAAGCUAUUCGAGAAGCAAUGCAUGGAGUUUUCCUGUAUCAUGCUAUCAAGUUUGGUAUGGACAUGGGAAUAGUGAAUGCUGGAAAUCUCCCGGUAUAUGAUGAUAUCCAUAAGGAACUUCUCCAGCUGUGUGAAGAUCUCAUCUGGAAUAAGGAUCCUGAAGCCACUGAGAAGCUCUUACGUUAUGCUCAGACUCAUGGCAAAGGAGGCAAGAAAGUCAUGCAGACUGAUGAGUGGAGGAACAGCUCCAUUGAAGACCGCCUUGAGUAUGCCCUUGUGAAGGGUAUUGAAAAACAUAUUAUUGAGGAUACAGAGGAAGCCAGGUUAAAACACGAAAAGUAUCCCCGGCCUCUGAACAUAAUUGAAGGACCGCUGAUGAAUGGCAUGAAAAUUGUGGGUGACCUUUUCGGAGCUGGGAAAAUGUUCUUACCUCAGGUUAUAAAGUCAGCUCGAGUCAUGAAGAAGGCUGUUGGCCACCUUAUUCCCUUUAUGGAGAAAGAAAGAGAAGAAAUGAAAGUACUUACUGGCGCAGUUGAAGAAGAGAACCCUUACCAAGGCACUAUUGUGUUGGCGACCGUUAAGGGCGACGUGCAUGACAUAGGUAAAAACAUAGUCGGAGUGGUCCUUGGCUGCAAUAAUUUUAGAGUUAUUGAUUUAGGAGUGAUGACUCCCUGUGAUAAGAUACUGAAAGCUGCUCUUGACCAUAAAGCAGACAUAAUUGGCCUGUCAGGGCUCAUCACUCCUUCCCUUGAUGAAAUGAUUUUUGUUGCCAAGGAAAUGGAGAGAUUAGCUAUAAAGAUUCCAUUAUUGAUUGGAGGAGCAACCACUUCCAGAACCCACACUGCAGUAAAAAUUGCUCCUCGCUACAGCGCACCUGUAAUCCAUGUCCUGGAUGCCUCUAAGAGUGUGGUGGUGUGUUCUCAGCUAUUAGAUGAGAAUCUGAAGGAUGACUACUUUGAGGAGAUCACAGAAGAAUAUGAAGACAUUAGACAAGACCAUUAUGAGUCUCUCAAGGAGAGAAGAUACUUAACAUUAAGUCAAGCCAGAAAAAACGGUUUCCACAUUGACUGGCUGUCAGAGCCUCACCCAGUGAAGCCCACAUUUCUUGGGACCCGGGUCUUCGAGGACUAUGACCUGCAGAAGCUGGUGGAUUACAUUGACUGGAAGCCUUUCUUUGAUGUCUGGCAGCUGCGGGGCAAAUACCCAAAUCGAGGCUUUCCCAAGAUCUUUAACGACAAAACUGUAGGUGAAGAGGCUAAAAAGGUCUAUGAAGAUGCCCAAAAUAUGCUGAAAGCACUGAUUAAGCAAAAGAAACUCCAGGCCAGGGGCGUGGUUGGGUUCUGGCCAGCACAGAGCGUCCAAGACGACAUUCUCCUGUAUGCCGAGGACGCAGUUCCCCAGGCAGCCCAGCCCAUCACCACCUUUUAUGGGCUCCGGCAGCAGGCUGAGAAGGACUCUGCCAGCACAGAUCCCUACCAUUGCCUCGCCGACUUCAUCGCUCCCCUGCACUCUGGCGUCCAUGACUACCUGGGCCUGUUUGCUGUCGCCUGCUUUGGGGUGGAGGAGCUGAGUCAGGCCUAUGAGGAGGAGUGUGAUGUCUACAGCAGUAUCAUGGCCAAAGCGCUGGGGGACCGGCUGGCUGAGGCCUUUGCAGAGGAACUGCAUGAAAGGGUGCGCAGAGAGCUGUGGGCAUACUGUGGCACUGAGAGCCUGGACAUGUCAGAUCUGCGAAGGCUGCGCUACGAGGGCAUCCGCCCGGCACCCGGCUACCCCAGCCAGCCUGACCACACUGAGAAGCUCACCAUGUGGAGACUCGCCGACAUCGAACGCUGCACAGGUAUUAAGUUAACAGAAUCGUUAGCAAUGACACCUGCUUCAGCAGUAUCCGGCCUUUACUUCUCCAAUUCGAAGUCCAAAUAUUUCGCUGUGGGAAAAAUUUCCAAGGAUCAGAUUGAGGACUAUGCAUUGAGGAAGAACAUGUCUGUUGCCGAGGUUGAAAAAUGGCUGGGCCCCAUUUUGGGAUAUGAUGCAGACUAACAUUUUCUUUCAGUCUCAUCUGAACUUGGCUGUUUCUCAAGGAAAUGAUGUCCAACCGUGCCUUAAAAGCAGCAACACACCCGCCUGCACCGGACUGGCAUUUGCCUGCCUUCCAGUUUUGGAGCAGACUCUGGUGUAACUGUGUAGAGGAAGAGGCUGUCCUGGGGCUCUUGGGGGGCCGGGCCCGAUACGCAGCUGUCUUUUCAGAGGACCUUGAGUGAAAAGCAGCAGACUGAACUCUGGUCGGUAUCUGGAGCCCUCCCAGGUCU